AUGAUCCCAUUUGUAUCUCAGUUGAUAUCAAAAAAUAUUCUUGGAGUCAUAGCCGACUACCUCAAACGAAGAAACAUUAUUGGUCAUACCAAGUGUGCGAAGAUCUUCCAAAGCUUCGGGUCAUUUGGCUCAGCCAUAAUGCUUAUUGCAUUAGCCUCUUUGCCUGACUGUGAACACCCUUAUGUUGCGCUACCAUUACUUGCCUUAUAUGGCAUGUUCUUCUCAGGAGGUAUCUGUGGGUUUUUCACGUGUAUCCUUUGCAUAGCCCCACCAUUCUCGGGAACCACAACUUCAAUCGCCAUGGUGUUUGGUAUGCUUGGAAAUAUCAGUGGCCCUUUGUUGUUGGGCGUUGUUUCUAAAAUAUUUGAAAUACAAAAAUGA